CAAAGGAAGCGAACCAAACAAGCUUGGAGCCCCACUUCAAAGCCCAUUUUGGUCGUCCUUGGCCACCACCACCACGCACGCUCGUGUCCCUAGGAUGAACUCAAAUUCACUAGAAACUGGUAGGAUUUGGCUGGCACGGUGGCACCUCUUGUAUUCGAAGUUCAGCCGAGCCGUGUGUGUAUACAUGACCACGACCUACUAGAGGAGGCGGUAGAGCGCCAUGAGCUAACAACCCAAGCAGAACCACUCAUGUCUACUGCGUCCUUUGUCACCUACCUUCAGCGGCCCCGGGAGCUGCCGGCGCCGGAGUUCCGGGCGCCGCCGCCGUCCCCGGUCACCGGCGUUCUGACCGGCAGCAGCAGCUCGGGGUCGUCCGGGUACGGCGAGUGCCAGGAUGACGACGACAUCGGCAGGUUCCUGCGCUGCUCCGCCAGGGUCCCAGUGCUGCGCCUGCCGGAGGGGCCCAGGCCCGGCCCACGGAGAAACAAAAACAAGACGGUGGCGGCCUGGGCGCCGCCUGUCGUCGACAUGCGCCUGCUUGACCCGGUGCCGUCGGGGGAUGGAGGGUCCGCGGUGGAGGCAAUGAGGGCGGCCGCCGUCGCGUUUGGGUGCUUCCAGAUGGUCGGACACGGGGUCCACGCGAGCUUGCUGUCGGCAGCGUCGCGUGCUGCCAAGUCCAGAAGAUCGCCGGCGUUGGAGACGGAGGGGAUGCGAGCAGGAGACGAGGACGAGCUGUGGUGGCUGCGGGGCGAAGGAGACCAAGAAAUGGCGGGAACUCAGCCGUUGCGAAAUGGCCCCAACCAAUUCAGGAACGAAGCAGACGAUUUGUUUACCCAACUUGAGCAGGCUUCAACCAAGCUCCUGCACGCCUUGCAGCACGCCAGUAGUGCAGCAGCUGAAUCGUUGCCUAAAGCUGAAGCGAACGGCUCGCUUCUCUGCAUCCGCAAGCACCGACUCGGCGGCAGCAGCGCGUCCGGUCCGAUCAGUCAAGAUGACGUCCUGCGGAUGCUGGUACGGAGCUCGCGGUGCUCCCGCGCUCUCGCCCUCCAUCUCUGCCCCGGCGCGUCGGCGUUCCACGUCUUCUCGCGGCGAGGCUGGUCCAGGUUCUCGCCCCUCGACGGCGCCCUCGUCGUCACCGUCGGUGACCAACUACAGUGCGGGCUCUACAAAAGUGUGUCCGGCAAACCAGCUUACAACAGUGACCUCCAAGGAGACAGCAGCGAUGCUAUCGCGGCAGAGUUCUUCCUUUCCUGCUCUUCAGCAGCUGCGGCAAAGGAGGCUCCUCCGAACAUGGACAUGGACGCCAUGAAAACCGUCCCGCUGAAUCUGCAAAUCAUGGUUGCAGCUUGCCUUGUGCUUGUCUACUAUGUCUUCCUGUCAUGCUCGUAUGCCAUUUGGUAAUGUUCAGCGAGACAGCAACCGCAGGUCUUGUUUCCCUUACCUGAGUACGCAACACAUUUGCCACUGUUAGCCAGCCUAAACAUCAGAAUGAACGAAAUCCCAAUUUGGUCUCAGUUAUCGGAAGGAGAGUACUCCAAACACCGUAUCUACCUCUACAUACUCUGAACCUAAAUCUGCUGAGACACAAGUAUGACAAUCUGAUGGGGAAAACCCAACAGCUGCAGUAUCAGACGGUACUUUAAGCAGGCUCAAUGAUUCAUCUAUUCAUGUAAACUAAGAAGCUGCAUCCAGGGUUUUAAGAUCCCUUUAUCUUUCAGUAAUAGUGCAUGAAGACCUAGCUUCCUGUAUGUAA